UUAUGAAAUUAAGAUAUAUACAUGGAUCUUUCAGUUGAUUAAAGUUUGUCAACAAUACACGUACUUUAACAAGAAAUAAAUGAAAGGAAUCGUUAUUCGUUUUUGAAUUCAUAAUUAUAGUUUAUCAAUAAUAUUUCCAUCAUUUAGAAAUAAUUUUAAAAAAAUUUUUCGUUCUUGUUUUUAAAAAUUAUAAUUUUUCAAGAAUCUUCAGUGAUUAGAAAUAUCUUCAAUUAAUUUUAAAAAAAUUUAUGCAACAUGGAUGCAAUAAUUGCUAGAAAUAUAAUCGAAUUAGCUGGAGCUAUGAUGGAAGAAUUCGAAUCUGUAUGGACUAAGAUAAAUAAAAUAGAUCCUAGCCAAGUCAAUUAUCGCAUAAUGAAAUUAUACUUGAUACAUAUAAAAGAGCAACGAAAUUUGAUCGUUAAAGCUACUUCUUUUGAUUCCCAUAAUUUUCCAAAUCUUCUCACUAUAAGAAAGUGUUUCUUGCAAAAAUUUAUUGAAUUUGUACCUGCAGUACAAACGUAUUUGAUAAAAUUUAAGGAAUUUGAUAUAGACCAAGUAAAAAUAAUUGAGUAAGUAAAAAUUAUUAUAGAAAACUGAGUAGUAAAAUUAUUAUAG